UGCAGCGGAGCUGUCACAACAAUUCCAUCCGCCCGGCACACAACAGACACGCACAAUUACCAACAAAGAGCACGUGCAGCUCGCUCAGGAAGUUUAAGGGCAACUAAAAGAAACGUAAAGAUGACCACAAAGCCGCUGCUCUACCUGGAGGAGUACAAGCUGAAGCAGGAUGCGAACGAUUACGGGCUGGCGGACGAACUCUGGGACUUUGAGUCGUUCAAACGCAAGCUGCAGAUCGUCGUGGUGCGGUACGACGAGAACGAGCUCGAGUUCGACAUGAUCGGGGUGAGCUGCGCGAUCGCGAACGUUUUCCGGCGCCUGAUGCUGAGCGAGGUGCCGAGCAUGGCGAUCGAGAAGGUGCACAUCUACAACAACACCUCCAUCAUACAGGACGAGGUGUUGGCGCACCGGCUCGGGCUCAUUCCGCUGCGGGCCGAUCCGCGCAUGUUCGAGUACAAGGCGAACGAGACGGACCCACCGUCCGCGCUGGACACGCUCGAGUUCGAGCUGAAGGUGAAGUGUACGCGCAAAAACAAAGACUCGACCGAGGUGACCAACAACGAGAACAUGUACAAGAAUCACAGCAUCUACUCGGGCCAGAUCAAGUGGGUACCGAUCGGGAAUCAGGCCACGAUCUACACGGAGGCGGCCGUCGGUCCGAUCGACGAUGAUAUACUGAUCAGCAAGAUGCGCCACGGGCACGAGUUCGACAUAAAGCUGUUUGCGGUGAAGGGCGUCGGGAAGGAUCAUGCCAAGUUUUCGCCGGUGGCGACCGUAUCGUACCGGUUGCUGCCGGACAUUAAGCUGAACCGGCCGGUCGCUGGGAACGAUGCACGGUUGCUGCAGAAGUGCUUCUCACCCGGCGUGAUCGAGAUUGCGAAGGAUGACGAGGCGUACGUGAAGGACGCGCGGUACGACAGCUGCAGCCGGAAUGUGUACCGAUAUCCGCAGCUGGCGGACGCGGUCACGAUCGCGCGGGUGCGCAAUCAUUUUAUCUUUACGGUCGAAUCGCUCGGUGCGCUCAAGCCGGAGGUUAUCUUUGUGGAGGCGGCCAAGGUGCUGAAGAAAAAGUGCCGAAUGUUUUUGGAUGAAAUAAAGGGCAAUUGAAAGGGAUGGAUGGUAUGCGUUUUAUUGAGGAGUAGUGUACAGAAUAUGUUACAAUAGAUUGAUAGAGUAACUACUUUUGUAAAAAGAAGUCUAAAUAAUA